GGAAGAGUUCUUUAAAAAAACAUGUCUCUGGACAAAAGUGAACAUUUCAUCACUUUUUUAAUUUUCAUAUUUUUUCUUAAGUUAUUAUUUGCUUUGGAAGUAAAUAAUAAUUGUAUUUUGAAUGUAACAAGCAGCAAAUAUAAGAGAGAAGCUUCGGGAUUUAAAAGAUAUCUCAUUUUCCCACAAGGAAGUAAUGUUCAGUUAAUUUAUUGUAUGACGAUUGGAACAUUUGCGAAGCCACAGGGCUUUUUCACUAUGGGUGUCACUGCAGGUUUGGCUUACGAAUUACCUCAUGAAAAUACAGUGAAGUUCAGAAAACCUGCCGAAGUUUAUCAUCGUAGAAGCAGAAGAGAAUUAUACCACAAGGUGGCGCUCAUGUUGAGAACACAGGGCAAAGACGGCAAAGCUUGCGUAUUAAAGGCCCUUUGUAAUGCUGGGAAACGGAACAGCUCGAAGUUUGGAAAAGGAUCCUUUAUGGAAGAGAUCCUACACUCCAUAUUCACAUUGCCAACCGGUUCUUAUCACAUAGACCCAAAAACUGAGUACGAAGCAGCUUACGAAUCAGCAGUUGAUUGCGAGCAAGCAUUUCGUUCGUGUCCAGAAUCAGUAUUGAUCUGACAGAAGGGAUUUGCAAAGCAAUCAAGAUUGACCUCCUGUUAAUAGGAUUUCUGAAGAUUACUGACUGAGAAGGAAGGUUGAUUCUGUGAAGAGAUGGAUGGUUAAUCUUCAAGGUUGCACUAA